AUGGGAAUCGAAGGCGCGAACAGUGGCGCUAGUGCGCGUAACGCAGAUGGAGGGAAUCGGUGGUGUCUGAUUGAAAGUGACCCCGGAGUCUUCACAGAGCUCGUUGAGAAGGUGGGAGUAAAAGGCGUUGAGUUCGAUGAGAUUUUCGGCGUCGAUGAGGAAUCGUUCCAGGCACUGAAGCAGAGAGACCGAAAAAUCUUCGGUUUCGUUUUCCUCUUCAACUGGACAAAGGACGCCGCAGGAGCGGCGGCUGGCGAGGCAGCUGACGCCGGCGGCGAGGACGUAGCGAUGGAGGAUGCUCUGAGCGCUGCCCAGUCCCACCCGGACCUUUUCUUCGCGAAACAGGUCAUCGAGAACGCAUGCGCCAGCCAAGCCAUCUUGUCCAUUCUUGUCAACAAACGAGACGAAAUUAAAGACGUUGGCUCCACAAUCCGUGCACUCGUCGACUUCACCAAGGACUUCCUCGACCCUCAAAUGCGUGGCGAGGCCAUAGGCAACUCGGAGCAUAUACGAGCUGCGCACAACUCCUUCAGAAGUUCCAGUCCGUUUGACUGGACGGACGACGACGACGAGAAGGAGAAGGAAGACGCCUUCCACUUCGUGUCUUAUAUCUUUUUCAAGGGCAAUGCGUAUGAGAUGGACGGCCUCCAACCGGGCCCCAAAAAUUUGGGUUCCUGCGACGAGAGCAGCUGGACGGAGAUUGUGAGGAAGCGGCUUCAAAGCAGAAUUGCAAAGAUUCAGAAGGCGGCGAGCGGCGAGCUGCGUUUCAACCUCAUGGCUGUGACGGAAGAUAACUUGUCGAAACUCCAGGAAGACAUCUUCCGCCAGAGGGCGAUUGUCCAGCGAGCAAAGGUCAAACUGAUCAGCUCUGGCAAAGACAUCGAACUCGACGACGAGGUCGACGACGACGCGGCCCCCGCAGGGACGCCGACGAUCGACGAGCUCCCCGAUGACAUCGCCGCUCUCGAGACUGUCAUUCAGGAAGCCGAGGACAGGAAGAAACUGUUGAAGGUGCAAGAAGAGGAAGAACUCGAUAAGCGCGCUCGAUGGAAAAAGGAGAAUGUUCGGCGCCGUCACGACUUUGUUCCCUUCAUCCUGAGCGUCAUCCAACAUCUCGCGAAGAAGGGCGAGCUUGUGAACGCAGUCAAGGCCGCGCAGCAGUCUGUCUCUCGACGGCAGCAGGAGAGGAAGAAAGCGAAAACGGGUGCCACGGGCGUCUCUGCCUAA